UCAUGCCCUCGGCCACUUUUGUGUCCACUUGUGCCCACUGUGCCAUCCCCCUUGGCUCUGGGACAAUGCCCUGAGGUUUACCCCAUUAAUGUAGGACCCAAUGUGGCAAAUCAGCCCUGGAUACCUGCCCCUCUUACAGAUCUCUCCUUGAUUCAAAAGGCAGCUAAUGAGUCAUGCCCAGAUUCUCCCUAUUUUGAGCAGGUCUUAUGCCAAUGGGCCAUUCAACUGCAAACCCAUUAUGAGAUUGGUAUCACCUUCUUAAAGCCGUCCUGGAGCCCUCUGCAUUCCUUAACUGGUGUUCUGCCUAUGAUGACCAGGCCGAAACACAGGCUCAGCUCAAUCUCCAAUAUGGCCUCAAUAUAACCCUGGAUAUGCUCACAGGUCGUGGUCAGUACAUUGACCCUGUUUCCCAGUCUACCAUAGGUGCCUAUGCUUACUUUCAACAGGUAUCAGAUCUGGCCUUCAGGCCCUUAAGGCAUGUACCCCGAGGGACCUGUCUGUGUACUUUUGCAAUCUCGUCCAACAAUCUGGGGAAUCUUUCACUGACUUUCUUACAAGAGUUAGAGAGGCAGUUGAACAUAGGGUCGAUCCUGGCCCUACAUGAGAUAUGCUUGUCAAACAACCUGGGAAAGCCUCAAUGUCCCCACUCGUAAUGCAGUGGCAGCUGUCUGCAAUGAUGAUAUCCACAAAUGGGUUUUAGCUACCAGGUAUCUCCAUCCUGCCUCCGGCCCCAUUGCAGCUCUGACUGCCUCCCUUGAUGCCCUCUUGUCAGAUAGACAGCAAUCCAAUGACUGCUCAAAGGGGGCCAACCCCCCCCAUCGCACCUGCUGGGGCUAUGGCAAACUCGGCGCGAUUGUCCCAAUGCACGUCCUAAGACCCGCUGCCCAAAUUGCAACAAGGGCUUUCACUGGGCCCGUGACUACCGCUCCCAGCCCUCAGGCACUCAGCGGGGCAACCCUCAGCCCCGCCAGUAAGAGGGUCAAGUUCCAACCCCAAGGUAUAUUGGACUCUGUUUUCCCCCACUCACCCAUGAAGACUGUUUAUCUUGAUGGUCUUCCUGUUAAAGGGCUAGCUGACACAGGGGCAGACGUCACCACCCUCAUGGAAACCGAGGCACUCAGAUUCCCUCAUUGGAAGUUUAAGCCAGGCCCCUCAGCCACCAGGGUGGGAGGCCAACAGGCUACCAGGGCUACAGCCCAGCCUGUACAUUGGAAGGAUCUUGACGGCAACCAGGGCUCAUUUUCCCCAAUAGUGGCCAAUGCCUCUCGCAAUCUUUGGGGAAGGGACAUUUUGAAGGACAUGGGAACCAUCCUAACCACUGACAACCGUGCCUUCUUUGAUGAUAUCAUUACCCAUGAUAAGAUUGGCCUCUCGGGACGUCCAGACCAUUCCCAGAACCACCCCCAAGUCUAGAGGCCACUGCCCACCAUGGGCCAUUGCCAAAGAUGGCACUAGAACCCAUCGCCUUGACUUGGCUCUCAGAUACAGACGUCUAGGUGGAGCAGUGGCCAAUCACUGACCCAAAGUUGUCUGCCCUUAAGGAACUGCUCAAGGAGCAACUCUGGUUGAGACAUUUAGAGCCCUCGACAAGCAGACAUAAUACCCCUAUAUUUGUUAUAAAGAAAUGGUCAGGUAAAUAUAGACUCCUACAGGAUUUAAGAGCAAUCAAUGAACAAAUGGAAAAAGUGGGAACCACCCAAGCAGGCUUGCCACACCCUAGUGCUAUACACGCCUCUUAUCAUGUUAUGGUUUUAGAUAUUAAGGACUGCUUCUUCCAAAUUCCCCUUGUGCUCUAGGAUAAAUGUCACUUUGCAUUUACUAUCUGGGAACCCAAUAUGCAGAGGCCUGCCAAGAGAUAUCAAUGGACUGUCCUCCCCCAGGGAAUGAAGAAUAGUCCCACCAUCUGCCAGCUCUAUGUGAAUGAGGCUCUCCACAAUGCCCCUGAGGAUGUCUUGCUUGUCCAUUGCAUGGAUGACAUACUAUUGGCCCACUCCAUGUUGUCCCGACUCAAAGAAGUGUCAUCUACACUCUUAAAAGACCUAACAGACCUCAACCUGAAGGUGGCCCCUGAUAAAAUCCAAUUGCUCCCCUCAUAUGCCGUUUUAGGAUUCUCUAUUUCUAAACAGAUUCAACCGCUGGCUUGUGCACUGUCCCUUUAGGAUGCUUACUCCCUCAUGGAGUUACAACAGUUAUGCAGUACAGUUAACUGGCUUAAACUGUUCCUGCCAAUCCCAGAUUAAGAAAUGCAUGCUCUGUUCUCCCUCCUGGAGGGACCUUCAUGCCUCUCCUCAAAAAUUAGACUUACAUUAGAGGCCAAGGCUCUUUUACAAAGAAUUG